AUGUUGAAGAUAUUGGGUGAUGGAUAUUAUGUCUAUAUCCCAAUGGGAUAUUCCAGAUCGAAAAAGAUGGACAGAAAUCCAAGAAAAAAGAAGUUGAAGCUUACCAGCGCCAACUUCGUCAGAUAUGCUUGGCGGCCCAUCGUGAGGAAAUGUAUGGGCUUCUACAGGUCUAGAGCCAUGAUCGAAUUAGUCAAUGAGCUGGAUUCCGUGAAUGUCUCUCUUCUACGAACAAACAAGCCGCAUAACACCCCAGUAGUGACUACAGCUUUUGAGGAUACGAGUACCCUCUUUGCGACGGGUGCAGCAGAUGGCACUAUCAAAGUCUGGGACCUUCGAGGCGGUUUUGCGACUCAUACAUUCCACGGUCACACAGGCCUGAUUUCGGCACUGUCCUUUUUCCAGGCGAAUGGCUCAGACACUGUCAGAAAUCCAGUAAGUCAUAGAAAGAAAGGGUCAAAGAUUGACCAGGAGCAAGACGACAAAAGUCAGAAUAGCACGCUGAAUCUGCGGCUGGCCUCAGGUGGCGAAGACGGUAAGAUUCGUAUCUGGAGUCCCGCGAAACGAAAAUCUAUUGCUACUCUUGACUCUCACGUAUCUGUUAUUAGAGGCCUGCAUUUCUCCGCUGAAAGUAACAUCCUGAUUUCUGCCAGUCGUGACAAAACCGCCAUCAUUUGGGAUGCUUCCUCCUGGGCGUCCAAGAGAGUUGUGCCAAUUCUCGAAACAAUUGAGUCUGUUGGUAUCAUUCAAGGUGGGGAUUCCUUUUUCACUGGUGGAGAUAGCGGGCAGUUACGCCUUUGGGAUGUAUCUACAGGUUCUGAACUAGCUCAAGAGCAUUCAUCUCCUCAAGGAUCCAAUCCUAUUACACAAGCUAUCUAUAACGUACGUUCGCAAUUCAUUCUCACCGUUCAUGUGAGCCUGUCGCUUGUUUUACAAUCAACAUCGCAAAUAACCCCAAGAAAAUCAUCAAGCAAAAGCAUACACUCACUUCCUAUCCUUCGUCGUAUUUCUGGAACACACGACGAGAUCAUCGAUCUUGCAUACUUGACACCUGACCGCUCACUUCUUGCUCUCGCGACGAAUACUGAGGAUCUUCGCAUUGUGUCUCUUGGAACUUCCAACCCAAUAACAGGCCUGAACCUCGGGUUUGAGUAUUUUGGGGCCGAUAUCGCUUCACUUCAGGGCCAUAGCGAAAUUAUCAUCUGCCUUGCAGCUGAUAGCUCUGGUCACUGGCUGGCUACUGGUGCUAAAGACAACACUGCCCGACUCUGGAGUAUCGAUCAUGCCGCUGGUGAAUAUAAGCUUCAUGCCAUAUUUACCGGCCAUGCUGAGUCCAUUGGUGCGAUCGCCCUACCUCAGAAUGCCAGCACAUCCUCCUCACCACCAGCGUUCUUACUCACAGGAUCACAAGACCGCACAAUCAAGUGCUGGACUAUUCCCACAGCCAGUUCUUUGACCCCAAAGGCUCGCUACACACGCAAAGCUCACGACAAAGACAUCAAUGCCUUGGCUCUCUCACCUACCUCUCACUUAUUUGUAACCGCCUCUCAAGAUCGGACUGCCAAGAUAUGGUCAGUCGAAGAGGGUGGGGCUCAAGGUGUGCUGCGAGGCCACAAACGAGGCGUCUGGUCCGCAACCUUCGCGCCCAAAGACAUCAACUCCAUUUCUAAUGAAAGCGGCGCUCCAGCAAGCAACAGCCGCGGCCUUAUCCUCACCGGCAGUGGGGAUAAAACCCUCAAGAUCUGGAGCCUGCACGACUACAGCUGCAUCCGCACUUUUGAGGGCCACACAAAUAGCGUUCUAAAAGUGCUCUGGCUACCACCUCCGCUUCGCUUUCCAAGCAAUGAUGACUCAGCCUCCCAAAGACCUCAGCAGCAUCAACAACAAUCUACAAUCGCCUCCGCUGGCUCCGACGGCCUCGUCAAAAUAUGGUCUUCCACCACAGGCGACUGCGUCGCCACUCUCGACAACCACACCGACCGUAUCUGGGCCCUAGCUUUUAACUCCGCGACACGCACCCUCGUCUCCGCCGGUGGCGAUGGCGUGAUCACACUCUGGAAAGACACGACGAAAGAGACCGCAGCCGAGCGAAGCAAAGCCGAAGUCGAGCGCGUGGAGCAGGAUCAGGAACUACGGAAUUGUGAGCACGAUGGGCGGUGGAGAGAGGGUAUCGUGUUAGCUCUGCAGCUGAACCACCCUGCAAGGCUGCUGGGGAUGUUCAAGAAAGUUGUUGAUACAACGCCUUCGGAGCCUGGUUCGAUCUCGGGUGUCCUGGCAGUAGAUGAGGUCGUUGGGAGUCUGGCGGAUGAGCAGUUGUUGAGUUUGUUGAUGAGGGUGCGGGAUUGGAAUACUAAUGCCCGCACGGCGCCGGUGGCACAGAGAGUCUUGAAUGUGGUUGUAAGAAAGUAUAGCGCCCAGAGGCUAGCUAUGUUGGGGAGACGGAAGGGAGGGAAGGAGGUGGUAGAGGCCUUGAAAGUGUACACGGAGCGGCACUACAAGAGGAUCGAGGAGUUGUGGAGUGAGAGUUUCAUUAUUGACUUUUUGUUAGGAGAGAUGGAGCAGAUGGGUGUGAAAGAAGGUGGUGAGGAGGUUGUGAAGCGUAGGGAGCAAGAUAUGCUAAUGUCAUAG